AUGGUCCUACACAAUCCUAACAAUUGGCAUUGGGUGAACAAGGACGUGGGACCAUGGGCAAAAGACUAUCUCGACAGCCAAGUCAGAGAGGUCUCUGCAGAAGAGGAUGGAGUGUCUGCGAAAGUCACUAAGCUUACGUCUAUGGAUGGUGACGUUGACGUGAGCCAGAGGAAAGGUAAAAUCAUCACGAUUUUCGACGUUUCUUUGCGUCUGGAUUACGAAGGCAAGACCAAAGAUGGUGUUGAUGUUGCAGGAAGCAUCAAGGUACCGGAAUGUGCAUACGACACGGAGCCCGACGAGUAUGUUUUUGAUAUAGAUAUCUACUCAGAGACGAAAGAGAAGCAACCUGUAAAGGACCUCGUAAAAUCCAAGAUUGUGCCUCAGUUACGCGAGGUCUUCCAGAAGCUCGCUCCAGCUUUAGUUGCAGAACAUGGAAAGGACAUCCAGCACGCUACAAGUUCGAAUCCUUCGAGUGGCUUUGCAACACCAACUUGGCAUCCGCAGAAGGAACGAGUACCUGUGAACUCUACCAGCACCACCAAGACGUCAGCCGCAGGCAACGCAUUGGUCAACACUACCACUGUCACUGCUAACGACGAGUUUCGAACCACAGCUGAAGAGCUAUUCAAGACGUUUACGGAUCCCCAGAGAAUAGCCGCCUUCACACGCGCUGCUCCCAAGAAAUUCGAAGGUGCUGAAGUCGGAGCUAAGUUCGAGAUUUUCGAUGGUAACGUUCUUGGCGAAUAUGUCAAGCUUGAUUCUCCCAAGCAGAUUGUACAAAAGUGGCGCCUAGCUCAAUGGCCCGCCGGUCAUCACAGCCUUCAGGAUAUCAGCUUUGACCAGAACGACGUUGACCAAGUCACAAACAUGCGCGUUACGUGGACUGGUGUGCCUGUUGGACAGGAGGACGUAGUGCAGCGCAACUGGGAAGGAUACUAUGUUCGCAGCAUCAAACAGACAUUUGGUUUCGGCACCAUACUGUGA